GGGCAAUGAACAGUCAAGAAUGCAAGUCAACAAAGACAACACCAUAUCAGCUUGUAUUUGGACAAGAUCCACAAGCUGAAUUACCGAUGAUUUCAAUGCUUUAUCAACAAAACAUUGUGCACGAAGAUGAUAUUCCGUUAGAAAAUCAAUCAACUUCAGUCAAUUAUAUGCCCUUAAGUGAUCAAUCAACUUUGGUCAAUUAUAUACCUUUAAAUGAUAAAUCAACCUCGGUCAAUCAUAUCAAUCAUGCACCUUUAAGUGAUCAACCAGAUAUAAUUAAUCCUAUUGUUAUUGAUGAUGAGGAUUACGAUAAUAUAAUUGUAAUUGAUGAUAGCGACAAAGAAAAUUUAGAGUCUGACAACGAAAGUAUUAUAUUACAAAGAUAUUCUUGGAAAACAAAAGAAAAAUGGCAUGCAUCAGAUUCUUAUAAUCGCGAUAGUAUAAAUUUAAAACAAGUUGUAUCAGAUUCUUAUAAUCACGAUA